AUGGUCAGAGUUACUGUUCUUGGUGCAGCAGGUGGAAUUGGGCAGCCUUUAUCGCUGCUUUUGAAAACGUCACCUCUCGUUUCGCAGCUUAACCUCUACGAUAUCCGUAAUGUUCAUGGUGUGGCGGCCGAUAUCUCCCACGUCAACACAGACAGCAAGGUUUUGGCCUUCCAGGGUAACGAAGAGCUGGGUGCCGCUCUCGCUGGCGCUCAACUGGUCGUUCUCACAGCCGGUGUUCCCCGUAAGCCCGGGAUGUCACGUGACGAUCUUUUUAGUAUCAAUGCAGGAAUCGUGCAGGUGCUUGUCACAGCAUUCGCAAGCCACUCUCCCGACGCUUGUCUGCUGAUCAUCACGAAUCCCGUUAACAGUACGGUUCCGAUCGCGGUCGAGACUCUCAAGCGUCUCGGCAAGUUGCGUCCAAAUCGUGUGAUGGGUGUUACCUCUCUAGAUGUGAUGCGCGCGCAGAGCUUUUUGAAGGCUGCUCUAGGACCCGAGUCCAACUCUAUCUCUACUGUGGAGAACUCGGUCACUGUUGUCGGAGGCCAUAGUGGUCCUACCAUUGUUCCUCUAAUGAAGAACAAAGACCACCAACGCAGAUUACGUGCUAACAAUAAGUACGACGACUAUAUACAUCGUGUUCAAUUUGGUGGAGACGAAGUUGUCAAAGCCAAGGCUGGAGCAGGUUCUGCAACAUUAUCCAUGGCUAGUGCUGGUUUCUGCUUCUCGGAACUGGUUCUCCGCUCUAUCCGCCGAGAGCCAAUCAAGCCUUACCCGGCUUUUGUCUACCUAGGCGGUUUGGAGGGAGGCGCCGCUGCCGGAGCGGCUAUAGCAGCAGCCGCUUCCGUGGGGGAAGCCCCUGACUAUUUCGCAGUGCCUGUUGUAUUGCGAGACGGAGAAAUAUCAUCACUUGACACGACAGACUUCAAAAAUAUUGACAAUGCCGAGGGCGGACUAUUGAAAACUGCUGUCGAAGUACUAAAGGAUAACAUUAGAAAGGGAAGGGUGUUCGCCAGUAAACAAACGAAGUUGUAG